AUGGGUCGCCACCGCUUGCCCGUCUGGCUGUGCGCCCUCGCGGCGCUGCUCUCCGGGGCGCAGGCCAGAGGCACCCCACUCCUGGCGCGGCCAUCGGCGCCCGGUGCCUCCCGCUACAACCUCUACACGACGGGAUGGCGCCCCAGGCUGCGCCCGGGGCCGCACAAGGCCCUCUGUGCCUAUGUGGUGCACAGGAACGUGACGUGCAUCCUGCAAGACGGAGCCGAGCGCUACGUGAAGGCUGAGUACCGGCAGUGCAGGUGGGGCCCCAAGUGCCCCGGGACAGUCACGUACCACACCGUGCUGAGACCCAGGUACAAGGUUGGCUACAAGACAGUGACAGAGCUCACCUGGCGUUGCUGUCCUGGCCUCGCUGGAGAAGGCUGCCCUGAGCACCUCACGGAGCAUGGGGCUGCCCCACCCCAGGUGGAACCUGAGCCCCAGGUUCCCUCAGGACAGCUGGGCUCAGGUCCCCAGCCCCCUCCUUAUAGCAGAGCAGCCCCCAGCCCCCAAGGAAGGAAAGGCCCAGGACUCUUUGGUGAGCGGCUAGAACGCCUGGAGGGUGACGUCCGGCGCCUGGCCCAAGCCUAUGGUACCCUCAGCGGCCUGGUGGCCAGCCAAGAGGACCCCAACAGGACAACUGGUGGCCCCAGGGCUCCUGCUGCCCCUGCAGGUUUUGGGGACAUCCCUGAGGGGCUUGCGGACCCAGGAGACAGAGCCGGAGGACCACUGAUGCCUCCACUGGGGGAGAUCCUGAACAAGGUGACAGAGGUGAGCAACACACUGCAGACCAAAGUGCAGCUGCUGGAUGAGGUGCAUGGGCUGGCCCUCGGCCACGAGGCCCACCUGCAGCGGCUGCGGGAUGCUCCACCAUCCCCGCUCACCUCCCUGGCUCUGCUGGAGGAGUACGUGGACCGGAGGCUGCAGCGGCUCUGGGGGAGCCUGCUGGGCGGCUUCGAGCAGAAGCUGCAAGGCGUCCAGGAUGAGUGUGACCUGCGGGUGCAGGAGGUGCAGCGGCAGUGUGAACAGGGCCAGGCCGCCAGCAGGAGGCUGCACCAGCGUCUCGAUGGCCGGGAGCUGGCCCUGCGCCGCGAGCUGUCACAGCUGGGCACCCGGCUACAGGGCCUGAGCAUGGCCAGCGGGGGCAGCUGCUGCGGCCAGCUGGCCUUGAUCAGUGCCCGCAUGGACAGCCUUGAGAGGAACCUGCAGACUGUAGCCGAGGCCCAGAGGAACCCGGGCGUCCCAGCUGGGGAUGAGCUCACCAGACUCUCUGCUGCCAUGCUUGAGGGAGGAGUGGAUGGGCUGCUCGAGGGUCUGGAGUCCCUCAACGGCACAGAGAAUGGAGCGAGGAGCUGCUGCCUGAGGAUGGAGAUGGGGGGCUGGGGAGUGGGGGGCUUUGCAACCGUGCUGGAAGAACGUGUACAGAGCCUGGAAGAGCGCCUGGCAACACUGGCCAGUGAGCUAAGCCACAGUAGUGCGCCGCCGGGCAGGUCGGCGCGGCCCCUCGUGCAAACAGAGCUGGCUGUGCUGGAACAACGGCUGGUUUCCCUGGAGACGUCGUGCACGCCCAGCACUACCUCUGCCAUCCUGGACAACCUUGUGGCAGAGGUGAAGGCCUGGCAGAGCCAGAGCAAGGCCCUGCUCCACCAGGUGGCCAGUCACGCCGCCCUGCUCCAGCAGCUCAAUGGCACCGUGGCCGAGGUCCAGGGGCAGCUGGCAGAGGGCACGGGCAGCUCCCUCCAAGGUGAGAUCACUCUACUCAAGGUCAACCUGAACUCGGUGAGCAAAUCGCUCACGGGCCUCAGUGACUCUGUCAGCCAGUACUCUGAUGCCUUCUUGGCUGCCAACACAUCCCUGGAUGAGCGGGAACGCAAGGUGGAAGCGGAAGUCCACGCCAUCCAGGAGCAGGUCAGCAGCCAAGGUUCGAGGCUUCGGGCUGGGCACAAGCAGGUCCUGACCCUGCGUGGGGAGCUCGAGCAACUCAAGGCUGGUGUGGCCAGCAUGGCCGGCAGGCUGAGCCGCUGCCAGGAUACAGCCCAGGAACUUCAGCAUGCAGUGGGCCACUUUGACCAGCGGGUGGCACAGGUGGAGGGUGCAUGUGGGAGGCUGGGCUUGCUGGCUGCAGGCCUAGACAGCUUGCCCACCAAGCCACUGGGAUCUAGGGAGGGCCUAUGGGGCCACAUGGACCAGCUGAACCGCACGCUGGCCCAGCACACGCAGGACAUUGCCCGCCUCCAGGAUGACUUGCUGGACUGCCGGGCCCAGCUGGCUGAGCAGGCCCGGCUCGUGCAUGCUCACUAGGCAGGCUGGACAGAAUCCCAGCCCCGGGGCCGUCACCACAGAGCCCAGACUUAGCCAACAGCACCUUCCAGCCUGGCCUACCUUGAUGCCACUUUGGAGGCCACUGGAGGAAUGGUCUUGAUCUAGUUCCACCUGAUUGUCCCAGUUGACAAGCUCCAUGCUCAGUACUACAAUUCAGACUGGACAGUUCAGGGUCAUGGUUGGCGCAAGGACAUCAUGCCUGAAGGCCAGGGUGGCACUCGCGUCCCAUGGUCUGCAGAUUGUUCUUCUGUGGACAGCUGGAACAGGCAGGGGUGGAAGGACCCACAGGCCCUCCCUUUGCCUGAAAUAGUCCUGAGCCCUUGGAGGCUUCUGGUCCUUGUCCCCCUGGCUUUUGUGUCCUGGCUUCCGGGCUCGAAGUCUGCAGGAAGGUGAUACCCCGGGAGCUGUCCCCACCUCUGGCAGCGUCACCGGUGUCGUUUAUGAAUCGAGGACCAGAAACUUCUGGAUCCCCACACCGUUUCCAGGACAGAACAGAAGCACAACGACUCACUGAGAGUUUGCUUUAUUCCUUUUGGCCCUCCUUUGAGGGGAGGGCCUAGGCAGCUGUAGAAUCCCAGAGCAAAGACUUGGACUCAGGCCAUCUGAUUCGAGACCCCUCCCCAAUAUCCUUUCCCUUUCCUUCCCCCAAGAUGUUUUCAAGGUGCUCUGGGACCCACAAGGAUUCUCUCCCUGGAGAGCAAUGCUGAUCUAUCCCAGGUCUGAAAGAGGCCAGAUGGAGAGAGAGAGGCCACAGCCGGAGGGAAGGGGGCACAGGCCUUGCUUUUAAGGCCCUUGGGAAACUCCAGCCCUACCAGGAUGUUCACAAAGUGGCAAGGAAUUCAGGUACGAAGCCAUCACGGGACACCUUGAAAACUGCUCCUCAGGCCUGUGCAGUGCCCAGACUGCUGCCCGGCUCGGCAGAGUCCCCGCCUCCGUGCCCCCUCAGCAGCCCCUGUGCUGUGUACAGGGCCGUGAGGACCUGGUUUCUGGAUGCUGGGUAUUCUGCCCUCCACUUGGGAACUGUUGGUGGGGAGCAGGUUCUGGAUUAAAGCUU